AUGACCCUCCUCGGAGGUCAAAACAACGUGCACGCCCCUCAGCGCAACCCUUGCAGCCAAAAACGUUACGUCGAAGCGGCAAUCAGGCACGAAAAUUUCACCACCAAACCGAUAACCAACGAUAUCGGACUGAUAAAGGUCAACAAAAAAUUCGAGUUGACCACUUACGUGAAUUUGAUCCGAGUUGCAACUGCUGCUGAAAACCGGAAUGCCGACGCUGCCGAUCUUAGGGCGAAAUGUAUCGUCAUUGGAUGGGGACAGACGAAGCAGAGGAACUCGUCAAAGGCUCCUGCACCCUACACCCGUUUGAAAUAUCUUCGAGAAGUCGAAUUGCCUUUGUUGAAUUUGAGCAAGUGCAAGGCGCACGUGCCAAGAUUUAAUUUGACCGACACCCAAAUGUGCACCAUGUACGCCAAUGGAACCAAGGACGCCUGCAUUGGUGAUUCCGGAGGUCCACUGUUUUGGGAUUCGAGUCACUCCAACACAAAUUAUGUUUUACAAGGAAUUGUAUCGUAUGGUAUCGGUUGUGCCAGAAAGAACGUUCCAGCGAUUUUCACAAGAGUUGAUAAGGUUAAUAUAAUAAAUAUAUAUUUAAUUUAA